AUCACUAAGACUGUUGUUGUGUGCGCGCUGCAGAGGCUGUGGGGACUCCGCGUGCCGAAUAAAAUGGUUUGAGGUUCACGUAAAAGUGAUUGCAAUCGCGUGCCAACAAAAAGGGGUUCUCUUAUCCAAUGCCUACCUCUGCUAGGAAAGCUGCAAUACCAGCUUGGCAAGAUGCGGCCAGUGCAGUGUCUUAACCAGCAAAGCUAGCGAUCCAGAGGCGGCUUUAUGCCAUACGUGCAAUGAUACGAGUUCUUUGUUUUUUUAAAAAAAUAAGCUUUUAUUUAGUAUUUGAUGAUGUGAAGUUUGCUUAGAGAAAAAAAAAAUUGGAAAAGGUGAAGUGUGCAGAUAUCUCUCUUUAUGAAAAACGAGUCUGCCGUAUCUUUAACGCAGGGGGCAGCGCUUUUUUGAUUUCGUUGUCUGUGAUCCAAAAGGGGCGGCUUGUUUUUUUAAUACUGUAUCUUUAAACUGAACUGUUACAUUGUUUUGGGAUGAGCUUCGAGAUCAUUUUGAUUUGCACAAAUGUGCGGAAAACGGUGAUCAAUUGAUACAAUCGACGCUGGCUUUUUUUUUAAAUUGGAUAAUUUAAUUACAAAAAAACUGCUAUGGGCGCCAUUCGUUGAAUCAGGUCGGCAGCAUACAAACGAGACCUCAGUAAAUGCACUUUAUGGACAGAAGUUUGAGUCAUUGUUGGCCUCAAUCCUCGGAUGACAAAAGGUGGUACAGGUGUGAGAAGAGAAGGUGGAAAUGGAACUGCCAAAUCAUGCCAAACAAUUGCUGCUGCAGCUGAAUCAGCAGCGAGCUAAAGGGUUUCUCUGUGACGUCAUCAUUGUGGUGGAGAAUGCUCUCUUCCGAGCCCACAAGAACAUCUUGGCAGCCAGCAGCAUCUACUUCAAAUCCCUUGUGCUUCAUGACAACCUAAUCAACCUGGACACAGACAUGGUCAACCCCUCUGUGUUCCGGCAGAUUCUGGACUUCAUUUACACUGGCAAGCUGUUAUCAGCAGACCAGGCUAGUGAAAACAACUUCAAUGCCCUCCUCACUGCAGCUAGCUACCUCCAACUCCACGACCUGUCAGCUCUGUGCAGGAGAAAGUUGAAGCGCAAUGGGAAACCCUUACCCACCAAGGCUACAACCCCAAAUACAGGGAGGCCCCUCCGGAACCAGAGGCUCUCCUCCACACCAGUCAUUCAGAACCGCUAUUCAGUGUCAAAAGAAAGUGGGAAGAAACAGCAGCUUGUCGAAGAUCUCCUGAAGGACAAACUAUCCGAUGAUGAUCUCUACGUUGGUGGCUCGAACCGGGAAGGCUCCCUAAACCUUGGGGCUGGGAAAAAUGGAAGCAAUGGUAACCUCUCCAGUGAUCAGGAGCUUGGUCUUGACCUGUCCAAAAAGAGCCCUUCAGCCUCCACUACUCAAGAUGAGGUGAGCCCCAAUGAAAACCACCAGGAAUCCCCCCAAUCUGCCACAGCAUCAACCGCCAACAGUGCCUCUUUUGAAGACUCCACCACAAACCCUCGAAGCCUCGAAGGUGGGGAGCCAAUGGAACUGGGAGUGGGCGAGGAGAACCAGUCACUGCCGGACACAGGGCAGCGCAAGAACUCGCGCCACGUAGCCCGCAAGAAGGAGUGGCCCAAGAAAGAGAAUGCGCUGGACAGCGGGAAAGGCGACGAGGAAGCAACUGUGCCCAACGGUGUCAUCGUGGGCCCCAGCGGCGGUUACAACUCGGAGCACUCCUUCAAGUGCAAAGUGGAGGACGUGGAGAACGGGAAGGAGAACAGCGAGGAGAGCGGGCACAGCGAGAGCGAGAGCGGGCAGACCAGCGCCAACUACGUGUACCGGCAAGAGGGCUUUGAGCCCGUCGCGUACGGGGACAACCUGUACGUGUGCAUCCCGUGCGGGAAGGGGUUCCCCAGCUCGGAGCAGCUGAACGCUCACGUCGAGACGCACACAGAGGAAGAACUGUACAUCAAGGAGGAGGGCGCCUACAUCAAGGAGGAAGCCGAAGACCUGUCCACCCAGAGCUCGACAUUCGGCAGUGAGUCGAGACCGUUCAAGUGUUCGGUGUGCGAGAAGAGCUACAAGGAUCCAGCCACUCUGAGGCAGCACGAGAAGACCCACUGGCUCACCCGGCCUUUCCCCUGCAACAUCUGCGGGAAAAUGUUUACCCAGCGGGGCACCAUGACGCGUCACAUGCGGAGCCACCUGGGCCUGAAGCCUUUUGCUUGCGAAGAAUGCGGGAUGCGCUUCACCAGGCAGUACCGCCUGACCGAGCACAUGCGAGUCCACUCAGGUGAAAAACCAUAUGAAUGUCAGCUUUGUGGUGGGAAAUUCACCCAGCAGCGCAACCUGAUCAGCCACCUGCGAAUGCACACCUCCCCGACAUAAGCCAAAGACUUUGACGAAACAAAGUAACAAACCAACAAACACAAAGCUGAAUUUCUAGAGAAUGUGCUUCUCUGACAUCUGCAGUGGGGAUACGAAGAAGCCUCUGAAGGGUUCUUUCGAAGGUCACCCCGCUUUGAUAAAUAAGCACGUUCUUGUUCAAUGCUUGCAGUGAGAGCUGCUGUUUUCUGAAAUCGCGUCGAGGCCACUUUGGAAGGAGGUCGUGGAUUGAAUGUUGGGGGUUUAAACCUGUGGUCCUGCUUCACACAAUAACUUGGGUUUUGUGGUCCUUCUGAUACUAUCCUUGGUCUGAUUCUUAGAAAUGGGUCCUAAUUCAAGAUAAAAUCAGAUGGUUCACAAUUGCUAAUAACAAAACCAAAUUGUUCUAAAAUGGGCUACAUUGUUUCUAAGCGUAAGAAUGAAAUCAAGUCCUAAUCUUUGUUCUGGGUUUGAUUUAAAAGGCAUAGCAGGUGGAGGUAGGGGGGAAGAUGGAGGCUUGGUUGUGAUUUCAGAAAACAGAAAUGUCUUUCACCUUGCCUGUGGUUAAUACAGGGGGUUGUCCUUGAACAGAGUUUCUGUUUGCGAGCUGGGGGUCUUUUCUUUCUUGUAGUUCAUAGUGGUAUUUCCUUCUAAACCUAGAGGUACUUGUUUUAUUAAGAACUUGUUGUAAUGUUUAUGUGAAUGUUUAAACUGGAUGGUCUUGGGAUAUGUCUAAUGGGGGAGGGGGGCCUUUUUUUUGGUGUAGACUGGACUUGCUUCAAGUUUUGUAGGUACGUUUUUGUUUUACAGUUUUUUUUGGUGUUUUAAGCUUUCCUCCCCUCACACACAAAAAAAGGAAAAAAAAAACUGAACUAAACAAGCCUGUUGGAAUGGACUUGUUACCUUGCUACCUCUUAAUUCUUAAGAACAAUACAUUGAUCAGUGGAAGACCAGGGGUUCCUAAUGGAAUUACAUGUAUAAAUACAUUGAUCAGUGGAAGACCAGGGGUUCCUAAUGGAAUUACAUGUAUAAAUACAUUGAUCAGUGGAAGACCAGGGGUUCCUAAUGGAAUUACAUGUAUAAAUACAUUGAUCAGUGGAAGACCAGGGGUUCCUAAUGGAAUUACAUGUAUAAAGUAUGUAGAAUACAGUUGAUUUUAAGGUAAUGCUUUAACCUGCCCAUCUUUCAUCACAGGUUUUCCCUUGUUCGUUUGUUUUUGUGUUUUUUGUGGGAUUUUUAUUUUGUAAACCAAUAGCUUUUGAGGUUCCCGGUUUCCGGGGAUCCUAAUUUUCAAACAGUACUGUAAUUACCUUGCCUAAAACAAAUAGAAGAGCUUAGGGUAUAGGUUAGGUAGAAAGGGAGUAUAGUCCAAAGAGCCAACGCAUGCCAAGAAGCAUGUAUUCCUAGAACUUGCUACAGAAGCUCACAACCAAAGUUAGAAUGUGACUAAAUGUUCAACAGCAGAAUGUUUUAUUUUAAGUUAUCCGCUAAAGAAGAAAAGUCAGGCUUUAUCCAGUUAAAUAGUGAGAGGUAGACCGAGAGAGACACUGUUUGGGGUUGGAUAACCACUGUCAAUGAGACCAAUGGAAAUGCAAGUGUAACUUUUGCUGAUUGGUGGGCUGGUAAAACCGUAAACUUUCAGUUGGUUAAAGUUCACAAAGUAUCCCUCAAUACCAUUGUCCUUUUGUUACAGUUACUGUCUUUUAUAUAUACGUUCUGUAUCUGUAACAGGUUCAUGCUUUUCAGUUCAGACCAAAAAUUGUAGCUACUAAAACCGGAAGGUAUCGUGUCCCAUAGGUUUGUGUUUUGUUUUUGUUCCAUGUUUCUGAAAGUUGUCCUGUUGUUAUUAUCCAGGGCCGAUCUCUUAUUGAAGGGAGGGGACAUCUCCUCUUCAUUUGUUUUUCACCUGCAGCCAGUCUUGUUGUUUUACCUCCUCCUCCUGCAGAGUGUAGCAGGAGUGCACGUCUCGGGUCUUUCACAGGGAGGGAUGGAGGGAGCUUGUGUUGCUACAGCUUAAACCAGCUUCUGGGGAAUGUCAAAAUGUGGGGCGAGACCGGACAUUCUUGAGUGAUUUUGUCCUUUUCCAUGCAAACAGACACCAGUGCAUGUAUAUUUUGAGCCUUAUAACAAGACUGUGGGACGCUGUGGUUUUAAAGACAACUGUCUGUUUUAGGCUCACCUUGACUAGAAUUUUGUAAAAACAAUAGACCCGCUUAGACAAAAGUCUUAAUGUUACUGAAAUGAGAGUGAAUGUUACAAACAAGAAAAUGAAACAAAAACAAAACACCCCUUGCCAAAAUGAACAAGUCCCUUAAAACGCCCGUUGGGGUGGAGGAAAAGGCAUUGUCCAUUUUUUGUCUUAUUCCUGUAUUAUAUUGUGCAGGGACCUUGGUGCAAAUCUUGGUAUAGGCAUUCUGGUUUUUCUUUCUUUUUCAAAGUUGUUGUUUUUUUUUUGUUUUGUUUUACCUGUGUAUCCAUUUUAUUUUUUACUUUGCGAGGGGGGAAUGCAGCUAAGAUGGGAAUCUGAACUAGUGAUAGGAGCUUAAUGCAGCUGAGUCGUGGAUUCCUGGUAACCACCCCAAAUUUGAUAUCGAUUUUCUUUUUUCAAAUGAAUG